GUCACCUCGAGCCCCGCCUUCCCCACAUACCUCAGAGGAAGAUGAGUAACCCGCAGCCAGGAUUGCUAAAUCAUGGCAACAUUUAUGGAGCGACUGGCCUUUCUUCAGAAAGUCCCCACUCUGAUGAAGGCUACAGCAGAUGAUGAAAACCCCUGUCCUGGCUACCUUUUCCAAGAGAUUGGAAAAAUCUCCCAUGAGUCUUCAGGAUGCGGUCAGUGUUUGUUGGAGUACCUUCUGGAGAGGCUGCAGGUGGAGUCCUGUCAUGUCAAACUCAAGGUGCUGAAGAUCUUUGUCCAUCUUUGCGGUCAUGGCUCAAACCAUUUCCUCACAGAGCUGAGAAGAAACUCCACCUUCAUCCAGCAAGCAUCAGUUUACAGCGGCCCUCCUGAUCCCAUCCAUGGCACAGCAUUGUACCAGAAAGUGAGAAACACAGCACAGGAAGUGGCCAGGUUGCUUUUCACAGAUACAAUUCCCAUCAAAAGCGGCGUCUCCCCGCUCAAGCGGCCCCACCUAGGAGCCCCAACAAUGGGUAUGGGCUCAGCAACUUCCCACAGGUCAGGAAUGCAGGGCUUUGGAUACAGUCCAGGGAAACAGGGAGCAGCAGGCAGUGACUCACUACUGGAUAAGAUCCAGAAAGCUGCAGAGGUAGUGGCCAGUGCUGUCCUUCCCCCGACCGAACACCAGGGCAUCCGUCUCCAUGACAACCAUUACCGGGCCGUAGUUGCGCCGUCCGCACCCAUAGAGGUGGCGGUGCCUGCGUGUGCCUAUAACCUGCCCACUCGGGCACCCAAAGCAUCGACCCAGCGGUUCCCAGGGCAGAUAGGAGGUGGCUGGGAAGAGACCGACAGUGGCAACAGCUCUUCUCACAACUCUUCUCAGGAUAUCGCGGCAAACAGCAGGGCCUCUGUUGGCAGCAAGUCGGCUGGUACCGGGAGCCAGUCUGGGGCCAGCAGAGAGAGCAGCGGGGACCUGUCAGACCGUGUGGAAGCCCUGCAGUUAGGGGACUGUGGCCAGGAGAUGGCGCUAAUCAACAGACUGACUGAAGGAUCCAAAGUUUUCCUGUCCAGAGAGGAGAGCCAGCACUUCAUCAAAGAGUGCUCCACUCUCAACUGUGAGGUCGUGCUGGAGUUGCUCUCAAGCAAGCUUCAAGAUCCCUCAAAUACUGUUAAGAUGCGGGCACUGUGUGCCGAAUCAUGCCUCAUGACCUCUGACCUCCUCUCUUUGGAACAAAUGUUCGGAUCGACGCAACGAAGGCUCCGCCAGCUGAGUGAGGGGGCUCCAGGACCCGUGGCCAACAAAGCCACCAAGAUCCUGCGACAGUUUGAGGCUCUGAUGGGUGGAUCUGUACACACACCAAAGCAGGAUACAGCGAACAACAGCCACCAAGCAACAACUAAUCAGCUUCCAACAUCUACAUACUCGGACCCUUUGCUACCAACUCACUCUGCUGACACUAGCCUCAACCAUUAUCAGCCGGGCAUGUCACCCACAGGUGUCACCCCACCACCAAAUCACCCAUCUUCCCCCUCUUGUGUAGCCCAGAGAGACUCCUCAUGGGAGCUGAUGGAUGGCGGCGAUGAGGAGAAACUUUCUCCUGUUCUGCAAGAGCCACUUAGGACUGCUGAGUGCGAUCUUAAUUCGGUUGCUGAAAAAUCAGAGGUUAACACGGACAGAAGCUCGUCCCCUUCAGCCGAGCCCCAAAGUGAGCAGCCCUGUCUGAGCAGGCUGUCCCUGUUCAGCGGUAUGGAGCUGGUGACUAAGGGGAGACCUCUGUGUCAAAGAGAGACAUCCCAGACAGAGACGGACACCACGGACGGCAGCUUAAGGGAGGAUCUACCUGGCGAUGGCGCUCCUUUAUUUUGCAAUGCAGUCACCUGUGAUAGCAGCCAACCAGUAUCAGCCUUCUCAUUUGUCAACUUUUGACCACAACUUUAUACAGCUGGAACUGUCAUGGUUAAACCAAUGAUGUCUUCACGUAUAUCCUUUUAGAAAUCUAUUUAAUUUUAUAAACCAAGAUCUGUAAGCUUACUAUAAAGAGGGCAGAUUCACAUUAAGUUGGGGUUUUCUGCUCCUAUCUGUAUGGUGCCUCCUUGGAAAUUGUAUUAAAGCAGCAGACUGGGGGAAGAGAAAGAGAUUUCGGACACAUAAUAACCGUAGUCCUUUAGUGCAAUCCACAGUCAGCGUGAGAAACCCCUCAACUGUCACACGUGAGGACUAGUAUGGAAGCUAUGCUGCUGUUUGUCGGCUAAUCCCUCAAAAGUAUUUAACAAGAAUGGUUGUCUUGAAUUACCGGUUGUUAUUAUUGACAGUUGCUUUAUCUCAGGAUUCCUUUCAGCUAACUGAAACAACUCGUACGCCUCCGCAGCACGGCCUAAACCUCUGAGGGAGAACCCCUCGUUUUGUAAUUUGCACUACAGUUGCUUUUCUUAUGGACUCAUAAACCUUACAAAUGAGAGUUGUCUUCCAUAUUUUUUUGGUACUAAGCUAUUAUGUCGGUGUCAUGAGUGUUAGUUUACAAAUUAUUUAUUAUGUGUGCUCUGUAUUGAUUAAACAUACAUGUGAGAGUGGUGGUAGAGUGCAUGUAUAUGAUUAAAGACUAGUUUGGAGAACUAA